UUCCAGAUAUUAUUAUUAUUAUUAUUAAUAGGAAAAAUCAGACUCUGUUUUCUGUCUUCUCUUUUUAUUCAUUUUUCCGUUUCUCGAUUUGUGUUUCGGAAUCUGAAUUUUUUUUGUUUUCGAGAGAAAAACGUGUAUUAGCUGCUAAUUAGUAGACUCUGUUAGCUGCUGGCGGAGUAUAAUGGGGAAUUGCUGCUCUGACGUGGCCGGCGGUAGGGCGGCAGUUGGUGGCAGCGGCGCCGCCGCUGGAAAUGACGCUGUCGAUCAUUUCCUCAAGUCUCGUGGCAUGUACAGCUCUCAGAUGGAGUUAUCAUUUUCUGCUACAAACUUGCGUGACCGGGAUGUACUUUCCAAGAGCGAUCCUAUAUUGAUUGGUUAUACGAAAGGAAAAGAUGGAACACUUGCUGAAGUUUUCCGAACAGAAGUAGUUCUUAAUUCAUUAAAUCCAACAUGGAUUACAAAACACGUGAUUACAUUCCAGUUUGAAGCUGUUCAAACGUUGGUGUUCCAUGCAUAUGACGUUGACACUCAAUUUCACAACAUAGAUGUAAAGAUGCUUAAGCUAGAAGAGCUACAAUUUCUUGGCGAAGCAUCUUGUGUAUUAUCUGAGGUUGUAACCAGGCCAAGUAGGUCAUUGACUCUAGAUCUUUUAUUUAGAGAAGAUCCUACCAUGUCAGGCAAUCCUCGACAUUGUGGACAACUUAUUGUGCAUGCCGAGGAAUGCAUAAGCUCAAAGAGCACAGUGGAGAUGGUAUUAAGGUGCUCGGAUUUGGAACAUAAGGAUCUGUUCUCAAAAAGUGACCCAUUUUUGCUAAUCUCAAAAAUUGUUGAGGUUGGGCUCCCCAUUCCUGUGUGCAAAACAGAAGUCUUAAAAAAUGAUCACAACCCAGUGUGGAAACCAAUCUAUUUGAGCAUUCAACAAGUUGGAAGCAAGGAAAAUCCAUUAAUGAUUGAGUGUUUUAACUUCAAUAGCAGUGGCAAGCAUGAUUUAAUUGGAAAAGUUAAAAAAUCAUUAGUUGAGCUGGAAAAGCUUCAUUCUAAUGGCGAAGGAGAGAAUUUAUUUUUACCCACAACUGUUGGGCAUAAUCAUCAGAAUAAGGUGUUAAAGAGCCAGCUAUUUGUGGACAAGUUUUCCCAAAGCAGUCAAUGGACAUUUUUGGAUUACUUGGCCGGGGGAUGUGAACUGAACUUCAUGGUGGCAGUUGAUUUCACGGCUUCAAAUGGAAAUCCCCGCCUCCCUGAUUCCUUGCAUUACCUUGAUCCAUCUGGACGGCUAAAUGCAUACCAAAGAGCAAUCUUAGAGGUUGGAGAGGUGUUAAAAUUUUAUGAUUCAGAUAAGCGCUUUCCGGCCUGGGGAUUUGGGGCACGACCAAUUGAUGGUCCGGUCUCACAUUGUUUUAACUUGAAUGGAAGCAAUAAUCACAGUGAGGUAGACGGAAUCCAGGGAAUUAUGACAGCAUAUACCAGUGCUCUCUAUAAUGUUUCUCUGGCAGGGCCAACACUUUUUGGGCCUGUGAUCAGCAAUGCCGCACUAAUUGCUAGCCAGUCUCCUGCAAAUGGAGGAAAAAAAUACUUUGUUUUGUUAAUAAUUACGGAUGGAGUUGUAACUGAUCUCCAGGAAACCAAAGAUGCCAUAGUGAAAGCAUCUGACCUGCCGCUAUCAAUCCUCAUAGUUGGAGUUGGAGGAGCUGACUUCAAAGAAAUGGAGAUUUUAGAUGCUGAUAAAGGAGAGAGACUAGAAAGUUCAAGUGGACGUGUUGCUUCACGUGAUAUAGUCCAGUUUAUGUCAUUUCGGGAUGUACAAAGUGGAGAGAUUGCUGUUGUUCAAGCACUUUUGGCAGAACUACCUACCCAGUUUUUAUCCUACAUGCGAUCCAGAGAAGACAUCCAACCAAACAUUUGAUUAUGUAAACAAGUGUACAUAUAAUUUUCUAUUUGUGGAUUCAUGCUACGAGUUUUCCUGCGUAGGCCAAAUGGUGCCAAAUGCAUCGUGGCUCUUAGGUGAUUAGGCCUUGUUCAUCUUACUAGAAGAGGUAAGAAAUGCGUUCCCAAACUUGAGCAGAAUCCUCAUGCUGAACAGCAGAAGUUGGGCUGCGCAUUCUUCGCCACGCACAUUGGCUGGACAAGUUCCAUGGUUUUUCCCAGCUUGAAACAGUGGCGUUUCACGACUUUGAAACAUGUUUGAGAGGAUUGAUGAAGAACUUUUCAUGGAUUCCGGAACCAACCAGUCCUACUUAGGCAGAUGGGAGAACCAACUAAUCCAAUUCAACCAUAUCAGCUGAAGGACAUGCGAGGAACUAAGUCAUGAUUGUAACAGUCAUAUCUUCAUUAUUUGACACGAUUGUUUUCAAGCCGCUUUGUGAUUCAUGAUCUUGGACUGGAUGCAAGUGAAAUAACACUAUUUGGUGUGAGAAUUAUUUGGCC